UUAAAGCAAAUUUUGCUGCUAUGCGAAGAUACUUUGCUAGCACAAAAUUAUAAUAAGCCAAAACAGAAUCGCUGGAAAACUGAUAUCGAUGAUAACUCAACACCACCAGCUGGGGCUCCUAGCUGGUGUAUUUUAUGCAACUACAUUCCUGCUGUUUCACUUGGUCCCGUUAUAAAUUUUCCUGGUGCUGGUGAUGACUCUGAUAAUUAUUUAGAGUCUGGUACUGUUGCCUCCAAUACACAUUUUGUAUCUGGUUCUGCUCUGUCUGGCUCUGCUCCUGAUACAUAUUCUAGUUUUGCUCCCGAUACAUAUUCUGGAUCUGGAUCUAGUGCUGUUGCUCCCGAUACUAAUUCUGCCCCCAAUACUAAUCGAUAUGCUGCUCCCGAUGCUAAUCAUUAUUCUGCUCCCGAUAUUAACUACUAUGCUGCUCCCAAUGCUAAUC